UUGUCUACUAUGGCAGACUCCAUUCAAGCAUUGUAGGCAUGUGUUUGGUGUUUUGAUUAGCACAUAUUACAUUUAAGAUGGCAAGCAUGGGUAAAGUAGAGGAUGAAAUCGUGGACAGCAGCGGAAUAGAAGUGAUUAUUGAAAUCGACAAAACAGCACCACGGUGUCCACAUGGACCAGCUCUGUUAUUUGAGAAAACUAGCAAUGGAGCGGGGAAAGGAAGGAGGUUUUACGCGUGUUCGGCUUGUCGAGACAGGAAAGACUGUAAUUUUUUCCAAUGGGAAGACGAGAAGAUAUCAGUGGCAAGAAUGCUUGCCAGAGAGGAACAGAACCACUCCAAGAUGCCCCUUUUCACUCAUAAGGAAUACUGUUCAAGAUUCAGAGAGUUUGUUUCUCUGCCACUGGAGAAGAGGAGGUUCUGUGUGGAUUGUCAGCUGUUGAUCCUGCCAGGAGAAUGGGCCAAUCACACAAAACACAGAACACUUUCAGAUGACAUCACAGUACAGAGGCUGAGAAGGCCCAGUCAACUACUGUGUCCCCUGGAGAACAAGAAGAGUAAUGCACAAUAUCUGUUUGACGACCGCAGCUGCCAUUUCCUCCUGGAUAUGCUCUCUCGGUUAGGUUUCAACAAAAUUCUCUGUGUGGGGACACCAAGAUUACAUGAGUUAAUGAAAUUGCGGAACAUGGAGGGCAAGAGUCAUACCAUGAAGAGUUUAUUGCUGGAUAUUGAUUGCAGAUACGGACAGUUUUAUGGGCAAGAUGAGUUCUGCCACUAUAACAUGUUCAACCAUCACUUUUUUGAUGAUGAGGAAGCGGUGGUGUUUUUUCAAGACUUUCUGUGUGAGGAAGGAGCAGCAAAGUUAGUCAUGGUAGCAGACCCUCCUUUUGGAGGCCUAGUGAAGCCACUAGCCAGCAGUUUCCUCAAGAUGUCAAUGACCUGGAAAAAGCUUCAGAAUAAUGAGAGUGAUGCAGCUGAGAUGCCGAUUAUCUGGAUAUUUCCGUACUACUUUGAGUCUCGUAUCCUUGAGUGUUUUCCCUCCUUCUCCAUGUUGGAUUAUCAGGUUGAUUAUGAUAAUCACGCUCUAUAUAAACAUGGCAAGACCGGCCGGAAACAGUCACCAGUACGACUGUUCACUAAUCUGAGUCCCAAAGAAAUCAUUCUACCUGAGGACGAGGGUUACAGAUUUUGCUGUGUUUGUGAAAGGUAUGUUUCAGCAGGAAACAAGCAUUGCCCUAAAUGUGACACAUGCCCAUCAAAGGAUGGGCGAGAGUGGAGACAUUGUGAUGAAUGUGCACGGUGUGUGAAGCCUUCGUGGCAUCAUUGUUCCUCAUGUGGUCACUGUGCUCUCCCUGAUCACCCUUGUGGGCAGAGCCAAAUAGGCUGUUACAACUGUGGCAGCCAAAACCACAAACUCAGAGCCUGCCCUAAGAAACGCAAUAAACGCAGAAUGCAAGUGAGGGGCGGCUGUGGAGCUCAAGGCUUGUCCAAACACAUUGCCAGCAAAUCCACUGCUAAAAGCAAGAAGAAAAGAGCAGUAACAUGAUCUUACACACAGUGCAUUAUGGGAUUAAUUAUUUUGCAGCUCAC